AUGAGUGAAGUGGUCAACAAAUACGGCAUUUUGUGCGUUAAAUCAGCCGGUAAUCUCGGACCCUCUCUGUCCACCGUAGGCAUGAUAAGGACAGUACACUCGCAAUCGUUUAUAAGUGUCGGCGCUUACGUCUCCCCCGAUAUGAUGACAACCGCCUAUUCGCUGAAUAAACAAAUACCAGGUUUAACCGGCGAUUUGGGUGUAACGAUAUGCGCACCGGGAGGCGCCAUAACAUCGGUGCCCACGUGUGAGCUAUCGAGAGCCCAGUUAAAGGAUGGCACGUCAAUGAGUGCCCCAAACUGUGCCGGAUGUCUGUGUCUCUUAUUAUCGGGUCUCAAGGCAUUAAAUGUCGAGUACUCGCCAUAUAGUGUGCGCCGGGCUAUUGAAAACACUGCCCUUAAAAUUGAAAACUUCGAUCCCCUCACCCACGGACACGGACUGAUCCAGGUUGAAAAAGCGUUUGAACAUUUGACUCACUAUAAGGAUUCAUUGGAAAUGGACGUCCGUUUUCACAUAACCUGUGGACAGGGAUUAGGUGUUUAUCUGAGAGAAGCCGUCGAUGUUAUCAACCCAUCCCUUCAUGUCAUUAAAGUUGAACCAAUUUUUCUGAAUCACAAACAAAUCGAUAAUAAACGAAAAGUAGAUUUUGAGAUCAAUUUAAGACUUAUUUGCGACGACGAGUGGAUUACUUGUGCGGAGUUUUUGCAUAUGACUUAUACAACAAGGGAGGUUACCAUUAGGGUAGACCCCCGACCUCUCCAAGAGAGUAGUGCCAACUUUGCCAUGAUUAAAGCCUAUGAUAUAAACUGUGUGGAAAAGGGACCGAUUUAUAAGCCGGGUUAUAUUUGGCGCCAAUUCAUUGAUAUCCCAGCAAAUGUCACACAAAUGGUGGUACGCGUGAAGAACUGGGAGCCCAUGGAUGAGAUCCACUGUUUUUUACAGGCAUUACAGGUGCGACCACUCAAUGCGUUGAGUAUUAAUAAAAUGGAUAAAGGUUUUGCACUAAAACCUCAAAACAAGACCAAAUUUGCCUUUCAUUUGAAAACCUCGCGAACACUGGAAGUGUGUUUCGGACAGUCGUACGAAGUUUUGGCGGAUAAUAGGAUUCAAUUAGAUGUAAAAUUUUACGGACUCCAGCCCUCACUGCCCUCAAUCACUAUGUUUUCUAGUGAAAUGAUCGCCAGAAUUGACAUUCAAAGUAAUUUCGAUAUCGAGGAAAUUAGGCCCACGAUUACCAUUAGAAACUUUAUACAAGUGUUAAUGCCAAUUGAUAGCAAAUUACGCCCACUAGACAGUCGUGAUGUCAUACCACCCGCGCAGCAGUUAUACGAAGGUCAGGAUGUUAAGAUAAGUUCAUUGUCACUCUUAUAUGGAUAUGACUUGACAUAUGGACCGGAAUAUAUAUCAUUGGUGUGGAUGAUAUUCAACUCGGACACCAAGCAAUAUAUCGGUACCGGCCUAGACUUACCCUCAUCAAUACGACUAGAAAAGGGAGAUUACAUAAUAAAAGUGCAAAUAAAACAUACACUGAGUUCCCAAUGGGAAAGGUUAUGUCAACUCCCGUUUCACAUUCAAUACACUGUAAACAAAUCACUGGAUUUAUACGACACGUACCGAAAUGCCAUAACCGACAGCUCCCGACGUAUAUAUUGGCUGCCACUCCGACCGGACACACCAACGCCUAUAUUCAUACGAGCGUUGGUGUCAUAUCCACCGGACAUACCUAUUACUAACGGCGCGUAUUUCACGGGUCGUAUGGGAUUCGCUAACGGCAUCACCAGAUUUAUAGCCGAGGACUUUAAAUUCAAAUAUGUUGUCGAUAGCCAACCCAUAGUCAAGUCUGGAAGUAGUGCCACAAAAGUGGAUGAAAACGAGGCUAAGAUACCAUCGGAAGAUCAGUUCAGUACAGCUGUCACUGAUUUGAAGAUUAGUUGGGUUUCGAAAUUAAAGGGAAAGGCAUCGGAAGACCUGUUCAAUGAAUUACUCGAAACCGACAAAACAAAUGUUAGGCUAUUAUUGGCGCGAAUACAGGCACUGGACUCAGACUCCCAGCGCUCGCAACACUUGUCUCGACAAAUAUGUUUGGCUAACGAUGUCUUAGAUUUGUGUAAAAUUAAUGAUUUGCUAUUAUUGGCGCGAAUACAGGCACUGGACUCAGACUCCCAGCGCUCGCAACACUUUUUGAAAACAAAAAAGUCUACCGUUUUGGAGGUACUGGUGAAGAAAGGGAUAGCCAUUUGUGACCUCAUCGACGCACAAACCAAACCUCCAGUAACUACUGGUGGGCACAUACCUAUGUUCAGUGGUGAUGAUACCAGUGCUGUUGACACUACUACCCCUACUACAGUGGAAGGUGUUCCACAGUUUAUACUAUCGGAUGUGAAUGAUGUGUAUAAAGAUAUUUGCAAACUAGUGGCCGAUCCCUACGACCCAAAGACGUUUAAGAGCUUGGAGUGGACUCACGCCGAAAGUCAUUUCAAUCGCAUAUCUAAUGCUAUGUUUCCCAAUGAUUACCGACUAUUUUGA